AUGGCCUGCUCGCCGGCCAAUCGCAUCGGUCCAUCAGCGCGGCGCUUCGAACGUCGCGAAUUUGACCGCAGGCAAAAUUUGCGGCGGUGGAUGUCGGAGCGGUUCCAGCUGAGUGACCUGCAGCGCGACGCCGCGCGUGGCGGCGCGGCGUUUCAGUCGCUCCGCUCCUCGCUGUCCGAGUCGGAGGCGGCGAGCGAGCGGCUGCUGGGGACGCUGGCGGGGACCGGCGCCGGGGAGCCGGCGGCGCGGGCUUGCCGCGACGCCGUGGACGGACUGCUGGGGCGCUGGGCCGACGCCACGCAGCGGCUGGCGGCACGGCUGGGCGACGCGUUGGCGCUCGAGGGCGGCCUGCGCGCCUACUGGGACGGCCGCGACUGGCUCCGUGCAUUCCUGGCCGACGCCGGCGCCCGGCAGGACGCGCUGGAUCUCCGUGGCGAGGAUCGCGACGCAACGCGGGAGGGGGCGGUGAGCACGCUGCACGUGCAGAAGACGCUGCUGGUGGAGCUGGAGGAGAACGAGCACAAGCUGAGCGAAUGCGGGGAGCGGGCCAAGCAGUGCGCCGCUCACAUGAAGGCCUACGACAUCGCGGUGAAGAGCUACCGGACUGCGGUCGAGGUCCGCGUUGGUGCUCCAGCCAAGGGGCAGGACAUGGCUUCGUCGGGCGACGUCCUCACGGCAGAGGUGCAGGAGUUGAACUCGGGCUACGCCGAGCUGAUGGGCCGAGCUCGUUCCAACCUGGAGGCCCUGGAGAGCCACCUGCUUCACCUGGAGACCUGCGAGAAGGACUCUGCGAGCGUCUCGCUGGCCAACGGCGACGCGGACGACCCCGACCGCCGCCGCAAGGAGGAGAUCUCAUUCCAGGGCCUGCGCGGCGGCGCCGUGACGCUGUGGCAGCUAGAACGCGCCGGCGCCGUGGACCCCGACACAUCGCUGCAGCUCGUCCGUGGCUCCCUCUCCGUCGAGGACGUCUCUGGCGCCUUCGAACUGCUACCUGGACGGGCGCCGCAGCGUCGUCGGACUGCUCGUGGAGGCCACGGGCCAGAAGGUGUCCCCGUACGAGGCCUUCCACCGCGGCCUGCUCAAGCCUGCCGCCGCCCUGGAGCUGCUCGAGGCCCAGGCCGCGACGGGUCUCCUCGUCGACCCGGCCGACGGCAGGCAGCUUCACCGUGGAGGAGGCCGUGAGCCACGGCCUGGUCGGCCGGGAGUUCGAGCAGCAGCUGCUUGAGGCCGAACGGGCCGUCACGGGAUACGUGGACCCGGCCACCGAGGCCAAGGCGUCGCUCUUCCUGGUGAUGCAGCGGGGGCUGAUCCCGCGCGAGCAGGCCCUGCGUCUGCUCGAGGCCCAGCUGGC